AUGACAAGUAAUGACUACAAUCUGGGUCAGACCAUCUUCCUCGUGUGCUUCCUGCUGGCGGAGCUGCCAUCCCAGUUGAUGUCCAAGCGGGUCGGACCCGAUCGCUGGAUCCCUCUUCAGAUGGUCGCUUGGAGCUUGGUCGCAGCCUGUCAGGCGUUUCUGAAGAACAGAGGGUCGUAUUUUGCCUGUCGUGCGCUGCUGGGCCUUCUGGAGGGUGGUUUUAUCCCCGACACGAUCCUCUUUCUCUCCUUCUUCUACAAGUCCAAGGAACUCCCCAAGCGCCUAGCCUGCUUCUGGAUCUCCCUCACAAUAACAGGCAUCAUCGGCGCAUUCCUGGCAUUCGGCUUCCUCCACAUCAAAGACUCCACCGGCGGCGGAUCCUGGCGCUAUCUCUUCGCGUACGAAGGCCUCAUCACCGGCGUGAUCGGCAUCAUCGCCGCCUUCUGGAUGCCCGCCUCGCCGGUCCAGACCAAGGGCGGCUUCCGCGGCAAAGACGGCUGGUUCACCGAGCACGAGGAAAAGAUCAUUGUAAACCGCGUUAUCCGCGACGACCCCAGCAAGGGAAGCAUGCACAACCGCCAGGCCGUCACCCCCAAGCUGCUCUGGGAGUCGCUCAAGGACUACCACAUGUGGCCGAUCUACAUGCUCGGUCUCGUCUGGAUGAUCCCCACCACGCCCUCCACCAACUACCUCACCCUCCAGCUGCGGUCGCAGGGCUUUUCAACCUUCCAGACGAGCCUUCUGACCAUUCCGGCCGCGGUCCUGGCCAUCAUCACCAUGAUCGGGAUUACGUGGGUUGCGGAGCGCACUGGCCAGCGCUUGCUCUGCGGCGCCUCGGUCGAAGUGUGGAAUCUGGUUCUGCUGAUUGCGCUGGAGGUCCUUCCCGAGAGGAGCAUGCCCUGGCCGCGAUGGGUCAUUCUCUCGCUUCUUGUUGGCGGGCCGAGCAUUCACCCCGUCGUGGUGGCUUUGACCUCGCGCAAUGCGGGAUCGGUAUACCAAGCGAAAGAUGCCCCCUACUAUAAACAUGGAAACAAGGUGUUGAUCGCGUUGGCGGUGGUCAGCAUGUUUCUUUUUGUUGCAGCGAAGCUAUACUAUGAUUUCUGUAACCGACGAAACGCCGCCAAAUGGAAUGCGUUGACAAGCGAACAACGCGAGACGUAUUUGCGCGAGAAUCCUAUUUUAACUAAUAAGAGGCGACGCUGUAUGGAGAGCGUAGAGAGCAUCAAAGAAAAGUCAAGCAUAUACAUGGUCUUCACUGCUCUUCAACAACACCGCAUUCGCCUCAUCUUCGACUAUCUGCGAAUACAUCCAGCUGCACAGUUCCUCGCAUCUACACCACAUUAUAUCUCAGAUUCGCCAACUCCAACCAUGGUAAUCGGUCUCCUCGCAAUCACCGCCAUCCCCACGGUAACAGGCACCUCGCUGGGAGUCAGCGAACAGCGCAAAGCCAACCAGCGCAAAGACGACGAGCGGCGCAUGGCCAAAUUCCACAUCGACGCCAGCUCCCGCGGCGAAACAGAAGACGACGCUGCCAUACACGGGAAGCGAGUUGUAUUAAGAGAUAGUAAGGUGAGCACCGUCGCAUUAUCAUAUUCGCACUCUGUCAACUACUGA